AUGAAAAAGAACAAAACUUUCGACUAUACUCAACUUAUGGCCCAUACCAUCAAAAUAUAUAAGUUUUUAGGAUUUUGGAGACCUGAUCCAGACAUGAAACACAAGAAUUUAUAUCACUGCUACACCGCCUUCUGGUUGAGUUUGUCACUCAUUUUUAUAUCGUCACAAGUAAUUUAUAUGUACAACAGCAGGAAGAGCUUGAAAGAAGUUUUAGCUGCUCUAUACAUAACAUUAACAUUUGCCUCGAUUUUAGCAAGACAGUUAACUACCUACAAGAGCAUGAAUGAAUUCAAAGAAAUAAUAAAGGAGUUGAACAGGCCUCUGUUUCAAGUUAAGUGCCAGAAGCACUAUGAAAUCGCCGACAAGACAACUCGGAACCAGAGAUUAUUGUAUAACAUUUGCCUAUUCCUAGGCUUAAGUACUGAUAUCUUUGCAGCUAUUUUUCCGCUGUUGGCAAACGAAAAAGUAAUCCUAGCAAAAGCUUGGUUCCCAUACGACUGGACCAAACCUUUCAACUAUUUUAUGACUUAUAUUUUCCAGAACGCCGUAUUAAUUUGGCAUACCUUAGUGUGUUAUUCUGGUGAUAUGUCUACAUUUACCUUAUUAUUACACAUUGGCAUACAAUGCGAUAUACUCUGCUACACUCUGAACCAUUUGGAUGAUUUUUACUUUAAGGAUGGGAUGCUGCAUGAAAUCACUCCGAGAGAUAAAUUAGAGUUCAGAAAGGACAUGGAGAAAUUCUCUCAAGCUAUGGCUAAGAAUUUAGUUGUAUGCGUACGACAUCAUACAGAGAUUAUAAAGUAA